AGAAAUAAAAAUCGAGCAAAGAGCCACUUUUGCCGCGAGAUCCGCCCCGCCGGCCACUCCUCCAGCCGCCAGGCGCUCUGCCCGACCAAGCCGAGUGCGGCGCUGCAGCCCGGGUGGCCCAGACGCGACUGGCGCUGCGCGGCCCCCGGUCCCGGGUGGGGGGAGGCGGGGUGGACCCCGCGGUCACGUGAGCCGGGCCAACUGUGAGCGGGGGCGGCGGGCCCGAACGCAGGGAGUCUGAGGAGGGGGAAGCGCCCGACGGCCGCCUCCGCCCCUGCAGCCGCAGCCCCGGAUGUCGCUGCAGUAGUCGCGCCCGCGGCGGCACCCGCACCCUCGGCGGCCGCAGCAUCAGCACCGCAGAGCCACUCCCUGAGCCCGCCGCCCGGCAGCAUGGCUGUUGCCCCUCCAAGCUGCUGUUUGGUGGCCUUCCCACCGCGUGCUAAGGAUGGUCUGGUGGUAUUUGGGAAAAAUUCAGCUCGGCCCAGGGAUGAAGUGCAAGAGGUUGUGUAUUUCCCAGCUGCCGAUCACGAACCGGGGAGCAAGGUGGAGUGUACUUACAUUUCAAUCGACCAAGUUCCCAAGACCCAUGCCAUUGUGAUCAGCAGACCCGCCUGGCUUUGGGGGGCAGAAAUGGGAGCCAACGAACAUGGAGUGUGCAUAGCCAACGAAGCCGUCCAUGCCAAAGAGCCGGCCACUGAGACAGAAGCCUUGCUGGGGAUGGAUCUGGUCAGGCUUGGUUUGGAAAGAGGGUCAACAGCUAAGGAAGCCCUUGAUGUCAUCGUCGCCUUGUUGGAAGAGCACGGACAAGGCGGGAAUUAUUAUGAAGACCCAGCCUCCUGCCACAGCUUCCAGAGUGCUUAUCUGAUUGUGGACCGUGAGGAGGCCUGGGUGCUGGAGACCGUGGGGAAGUACUGGGCUGCUGAGAAAAUCACAGAGGGAGUCAAGUGCAUCUGCAAUCAGCUGUCACUCACCACGAAGAUUGACGCAGAGCAUCCUGAGCUCAGGAGUUAUGCUCAGAGUCAAGGCUGGUGGACGGGAGAGGAUGAGUUCAAUUUUUCCGAAGUUUUUUCUCCAGCCGAUGACCAUCCACACUGCUGCGCAGGCAAAGACCUCUUAGAAAAGCAAGAAGAAAGCAUCACUGUGCAGACUAUGAUUGACGUCUUACGGGACAAAGCCAGUGGCGUCUGCAUAGACUCCGAGUCUUUCCUCACCACGGCCAGCGCUAUGUCUGUCCUGCCCCAGAGCAGAAGCUCACCAUGCAUCCACUAUUUCACUGGGACCCCAGACCCUUCCAGGUCCAUAUUCAAGCCUUUCAUCUUUGUUGAUGAUGUAAAACUUGUCCCCAAAGUACAGUCUCCCUGCUUUGGGGACGAUGACCCUGCCAAAAAGAAGCCUCGGUUCCAGGAGAAACCAGACCGUCGGCAUGAACUGUACAAGGCCCACGAGUGGGCACGUGCUGUCAUCGAGAGUGAUCAGGAGCAAGGUCGCAAGCUGAGGAAGACCAUGCUGGACCUGGAGAAGCAAGGCCUGGAGGCCAUGGAAGAGAUCCUGGCUGGCUCGGAGCCCCCCGACCCCGCCGAGGUGGGGGACCUUUUCUAUGACUGUGUGGACACGGAGAUCAAGUUCUUUAAGUGAAGUAAGCGCCCCCUCCCCCCUCCUAUUUAAAGUUUCCCACCUUACUAAAUUACCAGCAAAACAAGCCGCUCUCCUGUCUGAGUAAAAUGAGAAAGUUCUGCUGUGGUCGCCUUUUCCGAAGCCAAAUCCAACUGUGAACUUGUGUGCUGCCUGGAAUCUCACGACGUCCCCUCUGCCCUGUGGUCCCCUUCCUCUGCGGUGUGACCUGCACCCCACGCACCCUUCCGUUUGGCUGUAGGACUGACUAAUCAUGGGUUUUAAGCUGCUAUCAUUGUGUUUCAAUGACAAUGGACCCAUUAGACUUCUCGGGACAGGAUGAGAGUUCAUCAGGCCUUGAAAGGACGGCUCCACCAUGCUGGGUGUGUGGGAAAGCAAACUCUUUUGAAGUCUUACUCUUUCUCUCAGCAACGAUUUCUUUCAUGUUAACAAGAGGCAUUUCUUUGCCUGGCCCCAGGUCUCGUGUGUGCACGCAGGGAGCAGUUUCCCACCCUCCCCCCACUGGAGUGCAGGUCCCUGGUGCAGGUCGUCUCCAGAUUUGUCUUCUGAGGGGCAGGGCCAGUAGGGGAAAGGGGUCCUGUCCCGUCCCAGCCCCACCCUGAUUCCUGAGAUCCUCCAGAAUCCGUCUUGUGUGUGUUGUGGAUGCACAGACUGCUUCUGAGUGCGGGAGAGCCGGUCCUCUGGGCCAGCUGGAACCGGCCCGCUGUAGACAGUCAGGGGCAGCCAUGCCUGUGACCGCCCUGAGUGGGUCACCCAAAGGCACAAGGCUUGCCCUGCUGUGAGCACGCCUGCCACGUGGGUGAGGCCUGCUGUGGAAAUGAUUCCAGGCCUGGUUACUGCCAUCUAGUUUAGGGUUAAUUAAAUGGCCCUGUGGCAUAGUUCCAACUCCCAAAGCAGUGGAGCUCUCAGUUAAUGAGGAAAAGGAAAGGAGAAACUUCGGAGUGUUUCGUGUCUAGUGAAAGUACCCGGAAUCUUUUCAGCCACAGCACUAUUUCAGCAGAGACUUUAAUUAAACUGACUGGGGUCCCAUGUUGUGUUUGCAUGAAGAAUUUUACUCACCACCGGAGCAUGGAGAAGCGUGUGAGGAAGGCCAGAUGGGCUCAGUGCUGGGAACACAGAGGGCACAAAGGCGACAGAUGGAUGUAGAAGCAUUUCACUCCAGGGUAACAGUCCAGCCCCCACCCUCCCUGGCCAGCCUGUUACGCCUCAGAAAUCUGCAUAGGGAGCAGUUGGCUUUCCCUGGUUCUUCCCUUUAUCCCCCAGCACCUCCUGCUCCAGUGGCUGCCCUCAGAGGGUGGCUGAAUUGGGCAGGUGGUGGGGGGUGGGCUUACCUCCAGCUACUGAGAGUCUCAGCCACUCUUGGAAUUUAAAGGGGCAGAGACAAUGAAGGGAAGAGUGUGUUAACAUACCAGCUAGUGGGAGGCAGCAGCUUAAUUACUCCCAGUGACUGCUACUCAGAAGCAUUGUAUCAAAGCCCAUGGGACCUGCAAGGGAUGUGGGUCCCUCACACAGACGUGGACCCUGAGGGUCACAGGUUGUACCAGAACAAACCUUUUUUCCUGCCAACUUCCCUUUAAGAGUGUAGGCGGGAGCACACCAGGAGCUUGCCACCAGGAGCUUGCUGGAACCAGGAGCUUGCUGGCCCGCAGUUCUGCCAGUUAUGUUUGGAAAAUGACUGACUGCCAGUGGUGAGGGCUAGAAAGGUUGUUUGAGCUGACAAAGGUCACAGCAGCCAGUCGUGGGGGCUUGUAGUCGCUGAGACUAAGUCCCGGUUUGGGCUUUUGCUGUAGAUUAAUUUAGGAUCUCCUUUUUUGUAGAACUGGCAUUCUGAGUGUCUAUCUACCAGGGGAAGGGCGGGGUACCAGAAUGGCAUAGGCACCUCAUCCCCUCCUCAGCCCCCCUCCAGAGUGGCUAUCUAAAACAAGAUGAUGCAGAAAGCUACUCUAAAUGUCACAAUGAGCUAUUACCUCCCCCUGUUAUGGAACCAUUUUAUCGGGCCUGACAUGUCUGAUACCCAAGGUGAUCAGAGGUUUGACCAGAAGGAAUCUAGUGAGAAUGAAUUACACGGAGGCCUGCUCUUAUUAUUAUGGGCCAAAGGUCAUAGGGAACCCAGCCAAUCUUAUUGUGUUCAGUGGGAAACACAAUGGCUGCUUCUGCGAGUGGGCAUUGACCUUAGCCUCGCACUUCACAGGAAGGCCAAGGCUAACUGAGUUGUCUGGACUAAAGCUGUACAUCACAAUUGUGAUGCCCCUGGGUUACCACUAGAGGGCACAGCAGCCUGGCCGAAGUUAAACAAGGCUGGGAUGCUGCCAUCCAGCACAAAGACAGUCUAUGUGUACAGGCAAAUCAAGGAAUAGCAGAGGACAAAUUCUUUGUACAUUGGAAAGGACAAGAAGAGAGCAAAGAAUCUGCUGAUGCAGCCGUGCUCACUUCUAGUGAUUUUUAUCGACUUAUAUCAACAGCUCGAAGUAUGUUGUUGGAGUUGAGCAGGCUGUUGUUGGGGGAACAUGUUUAUAGAUGCUCUGGACAGACUCUGCUUCUGAAAAAUGCUUAUCAUCAUGUGGACAAUUUCUUGUCCAGGGAUUGCUUUCUAAAGGCAAUAUGGAGAAAAUGAAUAUUCAAGAUGAACUAUGAAAAUAACAUUUAAAGUUCAGUGUGUAAAUAGUUUCCUAGAAUACCAUUUGUGUGUCCAUUAAGACUGCGAGGAGGUGGUUGUGCCAUGCAUGCUUUGUGCAGAAAGAAGACAUGGCUGUAAAGGGUAGACCGUCUCCCCCACUCCCACACCCCAUAACCCAGCCUAAGCUAGUUAGUCUUGUCUAGUGGAAGGAAUUUACCAUAGAGGAAGAUGGCCCUCAGACUCUUAAGGCAAGGGGGAGGCAAAGGCUCCAGGAAAAGUACAUUAACAAAGCAGAAGUAGUGCUUUCAUUCUUGGAGAUGGUUUGGAACUGUAGGUAGCGUAAGGAUGUACUUGCAAUUAUGGUGAUUCUUUAGUGCCCAAUAACAUAAGACACAGUGUUAUUAUUAGAAAGUCUAUCAUGCUAAGCUGCCUAUUAGAUAUUAGCAGUGAGGUUCCUUCACUAUUGGGUGAAUUAUUAGAUGUAAAAAAAAUAAUUGUCCACCAAGCAAACUACUUUGCUCCCUAACUGAUGUCAUUCCACAGUGGCACAGGUGUGACACAGCUGCGUCUGGCCCAGCAGGGAUGCCAGGUAGGACAGGUGUGCUUGUCACGAAGCCACCAGCUGCAGGCAUUGAUGGGGAAGGUCUUCAGCUGAGCUCUCAGCUUUUGGGAGGCCGCACAUGGAGGAAGGGGGAGGGGAACCUGCCAGCUGGCCCUUCUUGCAGGAAGGGAGGAGUGGCAGGUUACAGGCACAGGCUGUCCCAGAACGCCCUCGUGCUUCCCUGCAGCUGUGGCAUCUCAUUCCCUUGGGCCCCGAGUCCCAGCUCCCCUGCUGUGUCUGUGGCAGAUGUGCUUUCAUCUGAUUGACUUCGAACAUCCCGAAAUGUCACGUGCAGAUUUCUCAAGGGGGCGAGUACGCACAUGUCCGCGAUUAUAUCGUGAAAAGUCAGACCUGUGAGCUGGGAAAUGCUAUUGGCAGGGGUAACAAAGGAAAGUCUGUUUCCUUCAGUGAGAACUGACCAUGUAGACUUCACAGCCUUUUGUACAAGUAUCUAAAACCAGAUGACCUCCCCAUCCAGUGCUUGCCCUUGGAAUUGUCUCUAAACACAUCAUGCUUACAAUUAAAAAAAAUACUGAAAUGAA